UUGUAGUUCUCGGGAGAGGAGGUGGGCGGCCACAGACCCAGCUCCGGUCUCACCCGGAUGGCGGCUGUGAGGCGCGGCUGCCGGCCCGGGGGCUCGCUCCUCGGGCUGCUCGGGCUGGUUUCGGCCGCGGCCGCCGCCUGGGACCUGACUUCGCUGCGCUGCAACUUCGGCGCCUUCUGCGAAUGUGACUUCCGGCCCGACUUCCAGGGUCUGGAGUGUGACCUGGCACAGCACCUGGCGGGCCAGCAUUUGGCCAGGGCGCUGGUGGUGAAGGCACUGAAGGCCUUCGUGCAGGAUCCAGCCCCCACCAAGCCACUGGUCCUCUCUCUGCAUGGCUGGACUGGCACCGGCAAGUCCUAUGUCACCUCCCUGCUGGCACACUACCUCUUCCGGGGUGGCCUCCGCAGCCCCCACGUGCACCACUUUUCCCCGGUCAUCCACUUCCCCCACCCCGGCCACCUGGAGCGCUACAAGAAGGAUCUGAAGAGCUGGGUCCAGGGAAACCUCACUGCCUGCAGCCGCUCUCUCUUCCUCUUCGAUGAGAUGGACAAGCUGGCCCCAGGCCUGAUAGAGGCUCAGCGGCCAUGGCUCACGGGCCCAGCCACUCAGCGGCAUGUGGGAUCUUCCCGGACCGGGGCACGAACCCAUGUCCCCUGCAUCGGCAGGCAGACUCUCAACCACUGCGCCACCAGGGAAGCCCCAACACGGCCAAUCUUAAUGCCCCACUGUUCUCCUAGAGGCUGGGUGAGGGAAAGUCGCAACACUGGCGGCGAGCAGAUCAACCAGCUGGUGUUGGAGGCAUGGCGCAGCCGCCGGGAGCGUGAGGAGAUCCGCGUGCAGGAGCUGGAGCCGGUUAUCUCCCAGGCUGUGCUGGACAACCCGAACCAUGGCUUCUGGCACUCCGGCAUCAUGGAAGAGCAUCUCCUGGAUGCCCUGGUGCCCUUCCUACCUCUCCAGAGGCACCACGUGCAGCACUGUGUGCUCAACGAGCUGGCCCAGCUAGGCCUGGAGCCAAGGGAUGAGGUCGUCCAGGCCGUGCUGGACAGCACCACCUUCUUCCCUGAGGACGAGCAGCUCUUUUCCUCCAAUGGCUGCAAGACUGUGGCAUCCCGGAUCGCCUUCUUCCUCUGACUCUCCAGGCAGCAUCCUUGUCUUCCUCUAUCUGGCCAGGCCGUGAAGGAAAGCCCUGGGGCCUCUGCCAGAGGGUCCCUUGUCCUGUGCCUCCUGGGACCCAGAGCACAAUAUGAAGAUGAGGAGGGCUGUUGGCUACCAUGAAACAGAAGGGCAGGGCAGGCCCCGGCCUCUUCACUGGUCUGAGGGCAUCUUGGCCUUUGCUUCCUUCCUCAGGGAAACCGCUAGUCGCCCCAGAACUUCAAUGAGCCUUGACCUCACGCUCCAGCCUGAGCCUUCUUACAAUGUGAAUUUUAACUCAGGGACGGUGGCUCGUGGCUGCUCCUUCCUUCUCUGGUCUGUUACUCUCGGCCCUGGCUCGGGCACCACACCCCGACCCUCCACCCCACACCCUAUGUCCCAGUAUCGUAAAGCCAGGCUGAGACUUCUGUCUCUGGGAACAGAGGGACUCAAGUUGCCACUUGGACUGGGCUUUUCAAGUUUUUAAUUUUGUAAACGAAGAGAACAAAUACAAUAAAUUUAGCCAUGGGACCA